AUCUGUUGGGGAAUUUGGGAAGGAAUGAAAAGGUUGGCGGGGAUAACCACAGCAAUAGUGCUAAGAGCAACUCGACUUCGAAAGGUUUUGAUGACUUGUUAGCUGGGUUUGGGAGUGGCAGGGGUGUGCUGCCAGCAACAGACCAAUGCCAGAGGCAAGGUGGGGUUCAGUACCAACUUCUGGUUCAAAGCAUGGGAAUAUCCUGGAUGAUCCUUUUGUAGUUCUGGAAUCAAGUUCAACCCCAGGCACAUCAUCGGGGGUAUUUACUGAUCCAUUGGAAGAGAUUGGGAGGCUUAGUAAAUCUCAAAGUGCUAGGGUUGAACCUUCAUCUGGUAGUGCUGGACCAUUUGAUGACUUAGAUCCCCUUAGUACUAUUGGAAAAUCUGCACCUUCAUCUUCGCCUGGGAGGGGUAAUAGGGGAAUGGAUGGGAUCCCUUCUAGAUCAGCAACACCUGAAUCUGCUACUACCAGAGAACCAAUGGGAAAUUCUUCUUUUAGAUAUUCAGAGAGCAAUGCGGAGAAGAAAGUUCCUCUAGAUGAUUUUCAGGAGCCUACCUUGUUUGAUGCACCAAAUGUUUCGACAGAUUUUCACAAAUCUUUUGGUCAAACUGCUGCUCCUCCUCAAUAUGAUGAAACAGACUCGCACAACCAUAUGUCUAAAACAUCAGAAGGAGAUGGGCAUGAAUCUGAUGAUAUAUGGCUCACUGUAUCAGAGAUUCCUCUUUUUACGCAACCUUCAAAUGCUCCACCCCCAUCACGUCCUCCUCCACCUGUACCUCGUCAGGGUUCAAGGUUGGAAACAGGUUCAUUUUCGUCAAGUUUAAGAAAGAAGGGUAACGAAUAUUCUUCAACUUCACAUUACAGUCAACGCUCUCAAAGUCCUAAGCCGGCCAGGGCUGCAGCCAAGGGCCCUCCAGUUUCACAGUUUGAUGAGCUUGAGGAUUUUGCAAUGGGUAGGUCAAGAAACAAUUUUGAUGAAAGUGCCAAUCUUCAUUCUGGUGUGGAAACCAAUCCAUUCUCUUCAGCGGCAGCAUCUGCUGCUGCUAUGAAGGAUGCUAUGGAUAAAGCUGAGGCUAAAUUCAGACAAGCUAAGGAAGUGCGUGAAAGAGAAUAUGCUAAGGUUGCUAGAAAUAAGGAAUCUGGCCAGUUGGAAAAAGAUGAACAAGAUGGGCAGGAGAGAGAAUUCAGGGAAUCCCAGGAGAGAUUAGAACGUGAAAGGAUACAGAAGGAAGAGGAAGAAAGAGAGCAGAGAAGACUAGAGAGGGAGAGAUUAAGGGAGAUUGAAAGGGAGAAGGCGAGACAGGCUGUAGAAAGGGCUACUAGGGAAGCACGCGAAAGAGCAGCAGCUGAGGCACGUGAAAGAGCAGCAGCUGAGGCACGCUUAAGAGCUGAAAGAGCUGCUGUUGAGAAGGUAAAUGCUGAAGCUCGGGAACGUGCGGAAAGAGCAGCAGUUCAGAGGGCACAAGCUGAAGCCCGUGAAAGAGCUGCUGCUGAAGCUAAAGAGAGAGCGGAGAAGGCUGCUGCAAAGGGUGCUGCUGCAGAAGCAAAGGAGAAAGAAAUGCGGGACAAGGCUGCUGUGGCAAGGGCUGAAGCGGAAGCAAGGCGUCGAGCUGAACGAGCUGCUGUUGAAAGGGCUGCGGCAGAGGCUCGGGAGAGAGCUGCUGCAGAAGCUCGCGAAAGGGCAGCUGCAGCUGCAAAGAUGAAUCAACAAAAGAACGAUAAUGAUCUUGAAUCCUUUUUUGGCAUGGGUCGAGCAAGCAGUGCACCAAGAGCGCGAGCAAACACAACUGAUUCUUUGUUCGAUCAACAAUUCCAGAACAAGGGUGGAUCUGAAGCUGCAAAGAGGACAACAUCAUCUAGCAGCGGAGGCUCAUCAAACAUAAAAAAAGCCUCUUCCACAACCAAUUUUGAUGAUCUAUCCUCUAUUUUUGGAGCUGCUCCGUCAUCUGGAGAAUUCCAGGAGGUUGAAGGCGAAACUGAAGAAAGAAGAAGAGCUAGACUGGACCGCCACCAACGCACCCAAGAGCGUGCUGCCAAAGCAUUGGCUGAAAAGAAUCAGCGGGACCUUCAAGCUCAGAGGGAACAAGAAGAAAGACAUAGGAUUGCUGAGACAUUAGAUAUUGAAAUCAAGCGUUGGGCUGCUGGCAAAGAAGGAAAUCUGCGUGCUCUGCUGUCAACUUUACAAUAUGUGCUCUGGCCUGAAUGUGGUUGGCAGCCUGUUUCCUUGACAGAUUUGAUCACUGGUGCCUCUGUAAAAAAAGUUUAUAGAAAAGCUACUCUUUGCAUCCACCCUGACAAGGUGCAGCAGAAGGGUGCUACUCUCCAACAGAAGUACAUUGCGGAAAAGGUCUUUGACCUGCUGAAGGAGGCCUGGAAUAAAUUUAACUCUGAGGAGCUCUUCUAAAUGCUGUUGCAAAUUUUGUUUUUGAUCUGCUGCCUCUGGACCCCACCAUUUGAUGGAAUGUAAUACAUGACUGGUCUCACCAACGUAUACAUGCAUUGAUGCACCAAUGGUACUCUGCAAUUUUUUUGGGUUGCAGAGUGUGGAUUGCAAAAAGAGACCUCUGCGCCACUGAGAUUCUUGAAUGGUUUGUACAUGUCCGCCGACUGUAUAUUGAUGUCAAUGCCAGAUAUACAAGCGAAGCAAAAACUUAAAUGAUUGCUUAGUAUAGAAUAGCAUUGUUUUAAUAUCUUGUGUUCCUGUAUAACAAUUUAAAUCACCCUUGUGACACAAAAUGAGGUGAUUGCAUGGUCUCAUUCAUUUGUACCUUCUUUUUGCCAUGUCCAGGUUCUGAGUUUAUUUGCAUCAUGCGACUCUUAUGUGUUCUGCACGCCAAAUAUGAAAACCCGCCGUGUAUUAUUGUGGACUUGAGAUUUUUAUAUGAAGGCAUAUCUCUUAUAUA